UUGCUAACUUAUCUCUCCCAAUCUCUCUCAAUCUCUCUCCGUUCCGAUUAACCUAGCAUGCAUCGUCAGAAAUCCAUACUAUCUUUCCUCAAGAAACCUGCACCAGAUAACCAAAAGCGCGAUGAUGGCAUUGGCUGCACGCUGGACCGCCUCAGAGUCCCUCAUAUCCCGAAGUCCAUCAGCCACUCCAUUUCCGGAGAGAGUCAACUUUCUUCUAUUUCUUCCAUUGAUUCGCCUUUUGAAGUAAGAGGAACCGAUACACCGCCUGAGAAGGUACCGCGUCCGAUAUUUUCGGAUAAGACCACAUCUUCUCUCUUCUCCAGUAUCAAGCAUAAGUUUGCCAAGGUCGAUAACAGACAAAAUCAUCAAGAGAGGACUAAUUGUAGUGAUGGCAUUGCUAUUGCUAGCUCAAUUUCUAAUACGAGUGGUGUCCAGGAAGAAUUGUCUUGUGGAAUUUCUCCAUUUCAACAUAGGGUUGAGGAAAAUGUCAUCACUGCCGGUCGAACAAUUAAUCGAGUUAAUAAAGGGUCACAUUUGUUCAUAGAAGAUUUAGAUGACAUUGCAGGGCCUGAAACACCAGGAAUGCGACCUCUUGUUCCUCGUUUUAAGCGAAUUCAAGAGGAAACCUGCAAGACUCAGGCUACAGAUGUAUCCCUUGAAUCAAGUUCCAACAAAAGAAUGAAAUAUCUCCAGGAUUCAGAAUAUGUAAAUAAAAAACUUGAAGGAUCUUCUGAAAUGGAUUCUAAGUUUGAAUGGUUGGACCUUUGUAAAAUCAAGGAUGCAAAUGGAAGAAGGCCUGAGGAUCCUCUUUAUGACAAGAGGACACUUUAUAUACCUCCUCACGUUUUAACAAAAAUGACAGCAUCUCAGAGACAAUAUUGGAGUGUAAAAUCAAAAUAUAUGGAUGUUAUACUCUUUUUCAAAGUGGGGAAAUUUUAUGAGCUGUAUGAACUUGAUGCUGAAAUUGGCCACAAGGAGCUUAACUGGAAAAUGACAUUAAGUGGUUUGGGAAAAUGCAGACAGGUUGGCAUCUCUGAAAAUGGAAUUGAUGAUGCCGUGCAAAAAUUGACUGCUCGAGGGUAUAAAGUUGGGCGAAUGGAACAGUUGGAGACAUCUGAACAAGCAAAAUCUAGAGGCCCUGGUUCUGUGAUUCAAAGGAAAUUAGUUCAAGUGAUCACUCCAUCAACUAUACUUGAUGGUAACAUUGGACCUGAAGCAGUUCAUCUGCUGGCAAUAAAAGAGGGUAAAUGUUUGCUGGGAGAUGGGUCGACUGCAUAUGGAUUUGCUUUUGUUGAUUGUGCAGCUUUAAAGUUUUGGCUUGGAUCUUUUUCUGAUGAUUCUUCUUCUGCAGCAUUAGGUACUCUGAUGAUGCAGGUGUCACCAAAGGAAGUUAUAUAUGAAACACAAGGGCUGUCCAGAGAAGCUCAAAAAGCAAUUAACAAGUACUCUGUAUCAGGAUCUUCAGCAUCACAACUGACCCCUAUACAACCUGCCAUAGACUUAGUGGACGCUUCUGAUGUUAGAAAUCUGAUUCAGUCAAAAGGAUACUUUAAAAGUUCUUGUCAUAUGUGGAAUGAUGUGCUCGAUAGCAUUAUCCACCGUGACCUUGCCUUAUGUGCUCUCGGUUGUCUUGUUAGUCACCUAGGUCGUUUGAUGUUAGACGAUAUUUUGCAUAAUGGAAGCAUUCUCCAAUAUCAAGUCUAUAAAGGUUGCCUUAGAAUGGAUGGGCAGACAAUUGGAAAUCUUGAGAUAUUUAACAAUAAUGUUGAUGGAAGUUCAUCAGGUACUCUGUACAGCUAUCUGGAUAACUGUGUAACACCUUCUGGAAAGCGUCUUCUAAAAAGAUGGAUCUGCCAUCCAUUGAAUGAUGUAGAGGAAAUAAAGAACAGGCUAAAUAUGGUUGAAAUAUUGAUAUCACAUCCAGAAAUUAUGGGUCUCAUAGGACAAUCUUUUCGCAAGAUUCCAGACUUGGAGAGGUUGAUUGGUCGAGUUAAAGCUAGCUUUCAGUCAGCUGAUUCUCUUGUCAUUCCUUUGUUUGGAAAGAAGGUUCUGAAACAACGGGUUAAAGUGUUUGGAUCCUUGGUUAAAGGCUUGUCUGUUGCAAUGGAAUUCUUGGUACAAUUACUUGAGUCACAGAUAAUUGUUUCGUUGCUGAAAGUUUUGAAGCUUCCUCCCUUAAAUGGUGAUGAGGGACUUAUAAAACAUCUCUCUCAAUUUGAAGCAGCUAUUGACACCGAUUUCCCCAAUUACCAGGACCGUGAUGCAAAAGACAUAGAUGCUGAGAUUCUUUCUGUUCUUGUUGAGUUAUUUCUUGAGAAGUCAAAUGAAUGGUCUGAAGUGAUCCAAGCCAUAUCAUGCAUUGAUGUUCUAAGAUCUUUUGCAAUCAACGCCGUUUCUUCAUGCGGCGGUUCCGUGUCUAAGCCUGUUAUUUUGUCUCAAUCAAAAGCAACAAAUGUAUCACAAGAAACCAGUGGACCAAUUCUUAAAUUAAAAGGACUCUGGCAUCCAUUUGCUUUUGGUGAUGGUGGAAGAAUGCCUGUUCCAAACGAUGUUAUCCUUGGGGAGGAUUCAGAUGUCUAUCAUCCUCGCACUUUGCUAUUGACUGGACCAAACAUGGGUGGGAAAUCUACUUUAUUACGUGCAACUUGUUUAGCUGUUAUUCUAGCCCAGAUAGGUGCUUAUGUGCCUUGCGAAUCAUGUGUUCUUUCCCUUGUGGAUAACAUUUUCACCCGACUUGGUGCCACUGAUCGGAUCAUGACAGGAGAAAGUACAUUUUUCAUUGAGUGCAAUGAAACAGCAGCAGUUCUUAAACAUGCUACACAAGAUUCCUUGGUUCUUCUCGACGAACUAGGUCGCGGCACAAGCACAUUUGAUGGAUAUGCAAUCGCUUAUGCUGUAUUUCGGCAUCUAGUAGAGGUGGUGAAUUGCCGGUUACUUUUUGCAACACAUUAUCAUCCCCUAACAAAGGAAUUCGCAUCUCAUCCCCACGUAUUACUCCAACACAUGGCAUGCACUUUCAAGUCAUACUUGUUGAAACCAGAGCAAAACCUAGUUUUUCUGUAUCGGCUUGCCUCUGGGCCAUGCCCUGAGAGCUACGGGAUGCAAGUGGCUCUCAUGGCUGGGAUUCCAAAUCAGGUAGUCCAAGCUGCAUCAAGGGCUGGCAAAACAAUGAAAGCCUCUCUUGGAGAAACUUUCAAGUCUAGUGAACAAAGAUCAGAAUUCUCUUCUCUACAUGAAGAAUGGUUGAAGACACUCUUAACCAUGUCAAAAAUCAGUCCAGCAUUAAUUGACAAUAAAGAAGACGAGGACAAUGAUACAUUUGAUACAUUGUUUUGCCUAUGGCAUGAAUUAAAGAACUCGUACGGUAGGUAAGUAGAUCAUAGAUGAGAUAAGCUAAUAUCAUAUAUGAAUCAUGUUGUUAGUUUUGCAUUAUGCUAACAGUUUGUGUAUGAUUGAUUAUUCAGCAGCAUGAAUCAUGACAGUAGCAAACAUAAGCUAAG